AUGAUCUUUUGACUGAAUGGGCACAAAUUCCCGCAAUUCACCUCACUUGCAUGUCUUUGGACCGUGGGAGAAAACCGGAGCUCCCGGAGGAAACACACACAGACAUGGGGAGAACAUGCAAACUCCACACAGAAAGGACCCGGACCGCCCCACCUGGGUAUCGAACCCAGGACCUUCUUGCUGUGAGGCGACAAUGCUAACCAGAGCCACCGUGCCGGCCCUGAUCACACAGCGGUCACUCUGUUUUAAUGCUAGUUGUUAUGUCCAACAAGCUCAUGGUCAGGUGUUUAAAUACUUGGCCAUAUAGUGUAGGCAUUGUUUGUUUUAGGGUAGUGUAACACAUGUAUAGUCUUUAUAAAAAACUGAUCGCACUCAAUUUAUUUGUGGAAAAUAAAGGUGGUAAAUGUAGUAGCAUGUAAUAAGGUCAACUGAUUAUCUUACAUGGAUUCUCAGUAUUUUUAAGUUUAGUUCUAUUGUCUUUAGCGUUUUGUCAUUCCAGUCCAUCCACUUUAUCCACACAAGAAUGUCCUCACAGUUCACCGAUCUAUGGGGGGCUUCACACUGGUCAUUGGAUGCUUUAGAGCAUCAUUGAUAGAUACCCUGUAGUGUAUACAUGGACGUAUUUUGUUCCGAUUGAGCUAUUAGUCAGAUUGUUAACAGAUUAUUAGGCCGCAUGUUAAUGUGGCUACUGAGGUGUGUUUAAUAAGUGCUUUCCUUGAGUGACAUAAUUACAGUAACAACUUAAUUAUAUAUUAAAGACUUUCUGUUCUAAAACCUGUUGUUUUUUAUUGAUAAUGCAUUAACUAAUUUUAUGUCUCACUGCCAUGAAAUAAGAAUUUAGGGACGUGGUGUAAAGUCAGGCCCCUGUGCAUGAAACCAUUUCCUGAUGUUGCGCUUGAACUGCUUUAACUUGCAGCACUGCCAAAGUGUUUUUGUUCUGUACAGGAUACAGAUAAAAAGAUGAUGCUUUACCAGUUGCUUCCCUUCGUCUGCUGGUGCCCCCUCUGAGACUCGUCUCUGCGGCCAUGUGGAAGGUGAUGCAGCAGCGGGAUGUGAUGCAUUAUGGAAAGCUGGUGGAAUUUUUGACGUCGAUCUCGGAGUCUGUACCCGGUUUGCUGACUUACAGACAUCAGGCCAAGCUGACCAUAGGACUGCAGUCUCGGCUGAUUUUGGAGCAGCUUCGUGUGUCCCAGUCUCCCGACCCAAAGCUCAUUUUCUCACAGCUGGAGAAACUGCAUGCUCCCGUCCUGCCUGACAAGAAAAAAAAGGAUCAGAAGGUGGAGACGGCUGUUAAAAACUUCCACGCCCUCGUGCAGACUCUGCAUGAGAAUCCAGCAAGGAGAAAACAGUUUUUCCAGGAAGAGUUUGCCUCUCAGUACGGUGCACAGUAUGAUUCUGCUCUAGAAAAGCUGAUGUGGGAGUUUUUAACCAGACUGGACCAGCUGCUUCCAGUACCAGACCUCACUCAGACUGUGUCAUGGCUUACAUCUGCUCCUGCAGUCCUGGAAGAGUGUGCACGCUCAGCAUCACAGCCACAACUCCUCAGGACUCUGCUGCAGCACGAGAAAUGCCUUGGACAUGUAGAUUCAGCAGGAUCUGUUCCUUCUUCCAUCGGGGACUCCAUCCUUUCUUCCCUUUCCCUUCCCCCUUCUGGCAAAGUACGGGACACUGACCAGUCAGGAUCCACUCCCACAAUGAACAUCCCAAGUCCCACUCCAUCAACACAGAGAUUCAGCAGACAAACUAGAAGAAGCACAUCCCAAAUUGCACCAGUUAUCGGCUCAAUUACUAGUGAAGACCUGCCACAAAAAGGAGCAGCCAAUCAGAAGAUAGCAUCAAAUUUGAAAAAGAAUGGUGAAGUGGUAGAGCUCAAUGAAGUUUCCGAUUACGCUAAGAUCAGAACAAGAUCAUGUAAGGAAAGGGACAUUUUACAAGCUGUUACAAAUGAGGAGCGACGUGUAGGAAAAAUGCUGAGUAUAGUUGCUAACCAGAUAUCCACAAGCAGUGAGGUAGAAGAUGAGGACGAAACUCGAGUCAGAGCAGUGAGGAGUGAGGAGUGCCGCAGGAAAAGUGUAACAGAAAAACGACAAACAAGGAGCGAGAACAAAGCGGCAGGAAAGCAAAAGUUGCAGAAAGACGAGCUAGAAAACAGCAGCAAGAUGGACGUGAAUGCGCAAGAAGGUCAAAAUCUGCCGGCUGUCAUCGCUUCCUGCGUGAAACGUCAGUCUAAAGUCAUCGUCCCGAGACUGUCUAUCUCUGAAGUGUCUCGGACCGUGCUGCUAAACACAACGGUCGAGAAAACCCAAGCUGCAGAGUCUCCGAGCAAACCUGCCGUAGAGGGUGUGGCUGCAGAGAAGAAUGAUGAUCCCGUAACACGAAAGAGGAAGCUCAGCCCCACAUCCACACCUCAGAAGAACCAGACUGGUUUUAUUGCUAAGCAAGUGUGCCGAGGCUCUCCUAACAUCCCCACAACAAUGCCCAUAAGGAUGAAAAAUCCAGAUCUGGUCUCUCCUGUACUUGAAUCCACUGAGGACAUUAUUGUUGAUUCAGAAGAUGAAGCUCCAGAGAAAAUGAAAGGACGGCUGUUUACAAAACGAUACUGCAAGACCAAAAAUGACACCUACAUUCCCACCUUACAUGAAUUCUGGAGUCCUUCGUUCUUUCGCCGUGACCUCCUGUCUCCAGGAAACGGGUGCAGAUGAAGCUUAAUGUAACAUCUGGUUUGAUAUUCUGUUAGAUUUGGUGCUACUUUUUACAUUAGGUAUUUGUAAACAUUUUUGAACAUGAAAUAUGCACAUGAUAGUAAUUUUGCUACAUUGUCUAUAUAUUGUACAUUAAGAACAAGAUGCUACAAAUUACCUUUUUAAACUACGUAUAUUAUUAAUACAUAUUAAAUAAGCAUAAGGCAUAUUUAUGCAUGUUAAUAUUAUUUUAUUAAUAUUAUACUUAUAUAUA